CAAAUACUCAAUUUUGGUCAAAUAGAAAAGAAUGGAUCCCGCUAAAUUGGCUAAGUUACAAGCUGGUGCUCGUAUUGGUGGUAAGGGUACUCCUCGCCGUAAGGCUAAAAAGCCUGCCAAGUCUGCUACCAGUGCUACUGAUGACAAGAAGGUUCAAGGCGCUUUGAAGAAAUUGAACAUGCAAACCCUUCCUGGUAUCCAAGAAGUCAACAUGUUCAAGGAAGAUGGUGGUGUCAUUAACUUCCGUACUCCUGCUGUCCAAGCUUCUCUCCCCAAUGAGACUGUUGCUGUUUACGGUAAACCUGAAGAGAAGUCUUUGACCGAUAUUCUUCCUGGUAUUUUGAACAACCUCGGUCCUGAGUCUCUUACUGCUCUUCGCCAAAUGGCUGAGCAACUCAAGGUCAGCGAGGGCAACGAAAAGGGUGCUGCCGGCGAGUCUGGCGACGGUGAAAUUCCUGACCUUGUUGAAAAAUUUGACGAACAAGACUAAAUAACCAACGAAAAUAAUUCAUGUUGAUUGUGUUAUAUGUACACUGUAUAAGAAAAUGCAUUCAUAGCGCGGUAAAGAAAUUUCUAAAUGCCGUAAUUUCUACAAGUAAUGGAAGUAAAGCAAAAACCAUGAUGCAGCAAUUGCUCAACGAUGCAAUGGUACAACACAUAUGAUAAAAAUUCGAGAG